AACCGUCGCUGCCGAAACCGCCGCCGCCGCGCCACUCGACGUCGUCGCAACUCGCAACCCGUACACGAGCGCGGACCCGCCACGCAGACCGCGCGACAGUCCGUCUUACGACUACAACUGCAGCAGACCAUUGCCACGAGCGUUAUACGCCUAGCGCGGUAUAAUAACACACUGCAGCUCGACGCCGUCGCCGCCGCCGCCGCCACCACCACCACCACCACACACAUAGACACACACACACACCCACACGUACACGCCGCCCGUCGCGAGACACCUAUACACCGACCGCCGCCGACAUCCCCACCGACCCCUCGUAAGCCCACCGAAUUUAAAAAAAAAAAAUUAUAUUAACAUUUUAUUUUAUUUUUUUUUUUUCAAAUUUUUUAUCCGGAUAAAAUUCGCGGUAUCGAAAAUUUUGGGAAAAAUAAAUUUUUUUCCCCACUCGGCUUUAAAUUUUUUCCGCUCGGCGUCAUUAUUUUUAUAACACGUACGUAUAUCAUUAUCGUACUUUUCGUUCUUUCGUCCGCCCGCGAGAACCGGUCCCGUUCAGCCGCCGCGGUACUGCACCCCACCGCCGCCGCGCCACAGCAGCCACUGUACACGCUGCUACACCAAUCUCGCCCGCACAAGACUGCGAUAUUAUAAUAUAUAUAUAUUUAUAGAGAGAUAAGUCCGAAAACCCACGUGUGGUGGUCAUCGUCGUCCGUCUUCGCUUGUCUAUACUGCAGACUGCGCACGCACACAACAAUAAAUCUCGUCCAGAAUCGGUUCGACCGUUCCCGUGUCAGUUAUAAUAAUAUUGUAACAUUAUUAUAGACACGUUCUUGGAGUAGCACGGUCACCAUUGUGUACUCACUGCCGAAACUACCUGCAGUAUAGGUACGCCACGGGACACUACAUACACCACCCAGUGAGACGGAAUCGGACGGAAAAAACGCAUCAGACCGGAGAGGGAGGAAUCGUUGGCGCCGCAGCACACUGUCGUCGGUCCUCUACGGAGACAAAACUAUAACGUCCGGCGCGUACAGCAGUCGUCAUAGUGCAUUGUUAGUCGUGUGAUCUCAGUCGUUCAUUGCCAUUCUAGCUCUUUACCCGACAUAUACUCCUGUCAACCGGAUUUUUCAUCGCCGUCCGUUGUAACGCUUCACGCGCACGUACAAAAUACGAUACAGACGUCCGGCAAACGAACAGAGCUCUUUUUCACGUUUUUGGCAAUCAAACGUAUAGAGACCGCGAUAUAAAAACAGCGAUAACAUGGCCGUAGUGAACAUGAACAAUUUGCUGAACGGAAAGGACUCAAGAUGGUUGCAAUUGGAAGUGUGCAGGGAAUACCAGCGGAACAAGUGCUCCAGACCCGACACGGAUUGCAAGUUUGCACACCCGGCCGCUAACGUGGAGGUUCAAAACGGACGCGUCACCGCCUGCUACGACAGCAUAAAGGGCAGGUGUAACCGAGAGAAACCGCCGUGCAAAUAUUUCCAUCCACCGCAGCAUCUCAAGGACCAGCUGUUGAUAAAUGGUCGUAACCACUUGGCCCUAAAGAAUGCAUUAAUGCAGCAAAUGACUAUGGCUGCUAGUCAACAGAUAGUGCCGGGGCAAGUUCCUACAGCAGUGGCAGCGCCAACAGCAUAUUUGACCGGAAUCCCUGGCGCGAGUACCCAGGUCGGCAACACUUACACGCCAUACUUUAGCGCCGCCGGCCCGUUGAUUGGACCGACCACAAUAAUCACUUCAGACCCGAACAAUCCGCUGGCAAUGGCUGUACAGCAGACAAUGGUUACGCAACAGAAAAUGCCUAGGAACGACCGUCUAGACAUGGAUAUGAAAGCCGUUGGAACAUAUUAUUACGAGAAUUUUGCAUUUCCGGGAAUGAUGCAGUACAAACGAACCGCGGGCGACAAGUCUGGAAUGCCGGUGUUUCAACAAAACACGGGAGCUUACCAACAAUUGCUUCAGCCAUUCGUGCCAACCCUAUCUUUUGCUGCACCACCGGGCAUCCCGAGGUAUUAACAUAACGACUGCGAUCCAGAAAUCAACCUGUGUUACACCAUGCAUCCAUUGAAUGUAUGGUCGUGGCCUAAUAAUUAUUAACAAAAUCACGUUCGAUUCAAGUCAUCAGUUUAAUACACAGUAAACAUUUUUUAUAGUGUAUUGCAUUACAUAUAUAAUUCAUAAAUAAUAUUGUAGAAUACGAAUUGAAUAAUAUUGAACAAUAAAAUAAAUUAGAUUGAUUUAAGUUUCCUUUAUCCAAUAUUUAAAAUAGGUCGGAAACUAAUGUCAAUGAUAAUUAAUCUAACUAGAAACGAUGCACUUUGUAUUUUGUUAACAAAAGUAAACUAUUUUACAUAGAGAAAAUAUGUUAAAAUACUAUUAAACUAUUUAAAUUGUAUAGAAUCAGGUUGGUUACUCACUAUUUAUAAUAUGUAAAACCCUUCAUAUUAUUUAAAGUCAUUAUUUUACUCAAAAUAUAACUAAUUAUAUUACCAAUAUAUAAUAUAUAUUAAUAUUAAUCUAUUGUUAUUAUAUUUUAACGCACCAAUAGUUUUUUUUAUUUUUUUUUUAUGCUAAUCGAUUGUAGGUAGCUAUUAUACAUUAUAUUAUUAAAUAUUUAACAAUAUUUUUAGAUUAGGUACUUAAAAUUAAGUUAAGGCAAAUUGUAUAGGUACACUAUUAAUUUAUGUAUCUAUUACUAAUAAUAAAAUUGUAUAACAUCGAGUUUAGAUUAGAAAACAAAUUUCGAAAUAUAAGUAAUUUUUAAAAUUAAAAUUAUCCUUCUCCUAUAUACAAUAAAUAAAUAUUAUAUAUGUAUGUUUCUAUAUACAUGCAUAUGUUUAUAUAAGAUAUUAUUAAUCGAAUAUUAAUUGACAUGAUAUAAAUGAGUUUUCAAUAAAUUGUUAUAAAAAUUACAAGAUUUAACAUGUUAUGACUAAUUGUGUAAAAUAUUAUAAUAACAAUAAUAUUAUAUGUGUUCAAAUGUUUAACCUCAGUAUAAACAUAUAUAUAUAUAUAUAUAUAUAUUAAUAUAUUAUCUAUCCAAUUAUAUAUCCAACGAUUGACUGGCGUUACAAUACAAACGAAUGAUAUCGGCGAACGUCCGUACAGUAAAAAAUAUUAUUAUUCGGAUGGUUUUGGUCGCGCAUAUCUGUAUAUAUAUAAUAUUAUACAUACGUAAAAUAUAUAUUAUAUAAGUACGAAUUUCGCAUUAUGAACCCGAAGGGAUACAAUUCACCUGGAGAUAUUAUUUUUAUGGAACCAGUAUUAUAUAGGUAUUAUAGAUGCACCGAGUACUAUGGCUACUCUAUUCGGACGCGCCCUUGGUUUACUGCUCGUAAUUGAACUACAACAACCACUACUACUCUACCAUAAUAAUACCUACUCUAUACUGCUAUUACCACUACACAUAUACCACUAUAGUGGUAUACAAACCACUACCAUCACUACCUAAAUUACUACUUAUAUACUAAUACUACUAAAGCUAUUCCCAUUAUAUAUGCUACGAAACGCGAUGUUUGGUUAGAAUUUACUACUUAAAAAUAUUACAUUACUGCAACUUACGUUCAUUUACGUUAACCAAAAUCUAUUUUACCAUUUGUGUAUAAACAUAAUAUACGCGAUGUAAAAAAAUGUAUAGCACACAUCAAAUACAAACAAAAUGUCUAAUGUAAUUCGUGAUUUUUCAAACUAUAAUCGUAACUCUACAGUUUGUUACUAUUAUUAUUAUUAUUAUUCUUUUUUUUUUUUGACCCAAGUGACUUCCUUACAUACAAAAUGAAUAAAAUUCUUCUCAACAGUCUGAGAUUAUUCAAAUUAAAUAUUACCUUAACGAUCUCGUUUUAAUCUUCCGAUAAAAUAAACAACAAUCUACUACACUAGGUGCCAAUCUAAUCUAAUAUAUAUAAAUAUAUCGUUCUUACAUCAAAAAAUACAUUUUCAGCCAAGUCAUUUUUAACUAUCUAUGUCGCUAAUUAUUAAUUUUCGAUAAAAUAAGUAUAUAUAUAUAUAUACAUAUAUACCUAAAUAAAUGUAUAAAUGUAAAAUAAUUAUUAUAUACGCGUGAGUCAUACGCAAGUUUCUGAGUGGCUAUCAUCGAAAACUUUUCUUUAAAUCGCUACUCUGUCAUGUAUCUCAAAACAAAUUUGUAAGCGUAGAAUUAUCACCGAUUCACCUUUAACUACAACUUUUACAUUUCAAUGCUUCCAAGCAAUCGCAAUACACUCAAUGCUAGAUUUUUGCUACCAUAAAACGAAAAACGAUUUUUACACCGUUGAUUUUAUUUGAAAAAAUUAUUCAUCUACCCUGACUUAUAUUUACCCAAUACCUUUUAUAUAUACUUAUAUCUGUAUGUUUAUAGUUUUAAAAUAUAAAUAUAAAUAUACACAGUACACACACACACACACAUACACACCCAUAUAAUAUAUAUAUAUGCAUACACAACACGUGUAUAUGUAUAAUUAUAGAAAUAUAUUUAUAUUAGUUAUUUAUAGCCUAUUAUGUAGAGUAGUCUUACAAAACAUACAAAUAAUCCAAAUAAACACUCGGAAUAUUUUAAGUACCUAUUUUAAGUCAUUAUCAUUACCUUAAUAUUUUAAGUAUAUUAUACUUCUUAUAAGAGUGUUUUAUUUGGCAUCAUUAUAAAUUAUCUAAUACCAAUCUAUAUGUUUAUGCAGACUCACCAAAAUUCUUUAUUCAAACAUUUCAUUAACACGACACUUGCGACCAAUACAGACCAAAAUCAGUCUUUACAUGUUAGGCGUACGAGUUCGCUAUUUACUCGAUGUUAUUAUUGAACGUUUUCGUCUUAUUACGAUGACACAACAUCUUCAGACAUUUCGACACUGACAACUUUUGACAACAAAAUCCGAUAAAGGAUAUUUUUAUAAGUUUUCUAGGUGUCUUAGAAUUUCUAAACAAGCGUUCAUAAUAAAAAAUAUCGUUGGCUGUUCUAUAUACAUAAUAUGAAAAAUAAAAGUUAAAAAUAUUAUAAAUUUCCCGGGAAGUAUAUUUGAAAAUGUGCGACUUUUUGGGCCAUCCUGUAUAAAUUUAAAUUUUAAACUAUUAGUACUAAACUAAGUUACAUAAAUACAUUUAUACCAGAAUGUACUUUUAUAGUUAAUUUUAAUUAGUUAACCUUUUUAACAUACCUAAUAGGAUUUGUUUUAUUUAAAAAUGUUUUAAAGUUUCUAUUUUUGUUCCUUUUUUUAUUUAUUUGUGUUUUUUUUUUUUGUUAAUUUUUUUUUUUAUUAUUAUUAUUAUUAUCUAAUAUUACGAAUGCAAGUCUAUCAUGAGAACGGUGAGACGUAAUGUUUGUCCUCAUUUUGAUAUAGUUAACAAAAUAUUAGGCUGUGCCAAAAGAUAUUUUUUUUCACUCAACAUUUUUAAUGUCAUUAACUUCAUUCUCUAGGAAACCGAUAAUAGUACACAUAUCGUUUAACAUAAUGUAUUAAUUUCUAAUUAAAUUAUUGCUUAACAAGCAAAUUCGUAUUUAAUUUAUUGAGCCUUUAAUCUCGUUUAUAUGAUACCUAACACCUACAUUUUCGUUAUAGUUGCUAUUUCUAUAAUAUUUUUUAACACAUUCUUUUUAUGUUAUCUACCUCUAAUGACGGACAGACAUUUCUAUAAACGUCUUAAUUUUUAUUAUUAUUAUUAUUAUUAUUAUUAUAUAACUCCCUGUAUACAUAAUAAUAUUGUUAUUUUUAACUACCAAUUUAACUUAUAAUUAUUACAAUAUAUUUUUUGUAACAUAAAAUAAAAAUGUAUGAAAAUGUUGUAUUAAGUUUUUACGUCAACUCUUUGGAUAUUAUUAUGAAAGAUAUACCAUUAUUUUUCAUUUUAAACAUAUAAGGAACAACAUAAAAACAGACAAUCAGAAUUAUAUUGACAUUUUAAUUUGAUCUUGACUCACACACGAUGACGAUUGUUUAAUAAUUCAAAACGGACUUAAUAAUUAUUAUUUCGUAUUAUGUUUAUUUGUUUAAUGUUUUUUUCAUUUAAUUCAUUAUUUUAUUAUAUUUUAGUGAAAAAUUAAUUCAAUAUAAAAUAUAAACUUAAUAUAAUAUAGUACCUAAACCUACUUAAAAUUAUUAAAUUAAUUAUUUAUCCGUAACAUGUUUGUAACAUAAUAUGCACAACACUUCACACACACAUAUUUAUAAUGUAUGUAUAUAGGUACAUACAUUAUGCAUAUGAAUAUAAUAAACAUAUAUAAUUGUAUAUGUAUAAUAUUGUAAGCUUAUAUUUAUACGUAUAUUUUUUAAGGAUAGUUUUUUUUUUUUAACUUCAUUAUGAUUUUCGUGAUAUUUUUUUACUAUAGUUAGAUAAGAUAUGUUUGUUAUUGAUGUGCCUAUUUAUUUUUAGUGAUUAUUAUUAUAUUAUACAUUUUUUUUUUAAUUUUCGAGAAUUCUCAAGUUCAAUGAAAAUUUUUAAAAGAUCAUAACAUUUAUUAUUGGUGUAUAUUUAAGACAAAAUAAAAACAUAUUUACAUUCUAAAAAUAUAUAA